AAGACUUACUUCAAACUCGUCGACAAAAAGACAAGUAUCAUGGCAAGAACCAAGCAGACAGCUCGUAAAUCUACCGGUGGCAAAGCCCCGAGGAAGCAGCUCGCCACCAAGGCCGCUCGUAAGAGUGCGCCAGCCACCGGUGGCGUGAAGAAGCCCCAUCGUUACAGGCCCGGGACUGUGGCUCUGAGAGAGAUCCGUCGUUACCAGAAGUCCACCGAGCUGCUCAUUCGCAAGCUGCCGUUCCAGCGCCUGGUGAGGGAAAUCGCCCAGGAUUUCAAGACCGACCUGCGUUUCCAGAGCUCCGCUGUGAUGGCUCUGCAGGAGGCCAGCGAGGCUUACCUGGUCGGUCUGUUCGAGGACACCAACCUGUGCGCCAUCCACGCCAAGAGGGUCACCAUCAUGCCCAAGGACAUCCAGCUGGCCCGCCGCAUCCGCGGAGAGCGCGCUUAGACGUCCGUGAUCAUGUGAUCUCUAAACCCACAAAGGCUCUUUUAAGAGCCAC